UAACUGGAUGUGUGAUUGUUGUAACAGCAUGUAAGGCGUUGCCACCAGGUGCUUUUCAACUUAACUGCAGUGUUAAAUUCACGCUAACUCCGCCUUCCUGGUCCAGAGGGGUACCCUGAAUAGAAUAUCGAGUGCAACCCAGGAAACAAGUUUAUGUUUACUUCGUGUAGCCUACACUCAAUUGACAGGAAUGGCAGACGAGUGUUUGUUUGACUUUCUCCAUAUGGAGAUCGUCUCACAUAUGUACACGGAGCAGCAAUCCAGUAAAGGGGAGAUGGAUAACAAGGAUAGAGCUGUCUGUGUUUCUGUCCUUGAAAGCAUGGGCUUCAGGGUGGGACAAGGAAUCAUUGAGAGGUUGACCAGGGACUCUCCCAGCUUCAAGGAUGAGUUGGAUGUAAUGAAGUUUGUCUGUAAAGACUUCUGGACGAAGGUGUUCAGGAGGCAGGUUGACAACCUCAGAACAAACCAUCAGGGUACCUAUGUCCUGCAGGACAACAAGUUCUCUUUUCUAACUCAGCUCUCAAGUGGAAAACAGUACCUGGAUCAGGCUCCUAAGUACCUCGCUUUUUCCUGUGGUGUGGUGAGAGGAGCUCUUUCUAACCUUGGUAUGGACAGCGUGGUGACAGCCGAGGUCUCUGUUAUGCCAUCUUGUAAGUUCCAAGUGGUGGUCCAGAAGUUGUGACCUGAUCCUCUGUACUACCCUGGAGCAGAUAAACAGGGCCCUGAAGGCUUCAGUUAAUCCGUAAGAGUAGUUCCUGUCCAACCACAGAUGGAAUCAAACAUCACCCUGAUUCCCACAACUUAGUCAAAGAGGACUAGGCAGGUUCCGCUAAAAAACAAGGUGCCGAUGAAAAGGCAUAAAGGAUUCAGGGCUUACCUUCCCUUGUCAUACUCUGACACAGUACACAAUUUGUUUUAUUUCUUGUGAGUUUUUAUUAUUUGAGUAUGGUUAACUGAAAUAAUGUAUUUUGUUCUCAAAUGUAGUUUUCACAAAUAAUUGGAACCUGGCCCUACCUGACCUGGCAGAGCUUUUUAAUAAAGUAUCUACAGUCACUGGUGUUAAUGCAAUAAUGUGAAUGUAUAGUGAAUGAAUAGGUCAUUUAAUAUUCUUUGUAAUUUGUUACAAUUUUGAGAGCUCAAUUUGAGAGGACAUACAAACAAAUAAAAGGCAUCAUUGAAAAUGUGUUGUUUUUUUAAGAUAGAACAACUACCAUCUAUUUGACCAUCCAUCGAAAAAGUAGCUUUUUGAAAAUGAUAGCAGCUCACAUCAAAUUCAUAAUUGAAUGCACAUUAUCUGUAACUAGUUCCUGGUGCUGUGCUCUGCCUUGUAGCAGACUGCCUUUCGGGGCUGGGUCAUUCAUGAAUGCUUUUGUUUUUUUUAAAUUUCAGUUCAUUUAAAGGCAAAAUGCAAGUCUAGAAUUAGCCAUUGCUGCAGAAAUUUAACUUUUUUCGAAUUACGUUGAUUUACUGGAUGUGAUAUCGGUUUCUCAGCAACAGUCUCUUUCUUUGUAGUGAUAUUAUAUUUUGGAGUUUACAAACUAUUAUUUCUUGUACCAAAAUGUAAAUGUGUUGUCCUUCUGUACAGAUGAAUUUGUGUAGUACAUAGUAAUGAGAUUUGCCUUGCUGCAAAUGUGAUUAAAUGGUGUUUUAUGGCUUGACAUAAUUGUG